AAUGCAUGGAGAUCGCGCAACAUUCGCUGCCACUUGCUGGAAUCGACGUGCGCGACUUGAUCGAUGUCGUGACUGCGAUGUGCGCGAGACUGUCGCCGAGCGAUAGCCAGAGAGACAUUAAUCGAGCCAUCGGUUGAUCGAGUGGAUAAGCAGGUCUUAUCCGGUAUUAUGUCCAGACACGUUUCUUCCCUCGUGCCAUUCGAACGAGCGCGAGGGAAAAAGUAACGAGAGAAAGAGAGAGAGAGCGAAGAUGACGAUUCCCAGACAGUACACAUGUCCAAAAGACAUCUAAAAGACGAUUUAAAGACGUCUCAAAGUCCUUUAGACAUCUUUAAGACAUCUUUUGACCUUUUCGUGUUGUCUGGGUUAAAGGGAACUGAAUUUUUGCACCGCACAGUACCGGAACUGUAACCCGUUCAUGUGCCCAAGAGAGACCGCCGGAAGGCGUGGAGCGGAAAGAGAGAGAGAGAGAGAGGGAGAGAAAUGGGGAGGGAGUACGUUUCGAUAGAACGGUGCAGCAACGAGGAAUCCAGAGUAGGUAGAUAGAUUACCGACCUAUCAUCGGGUGGUGUGCGCGGUUCUUCGCAGGCGAAGGUGAAAUUCCCAAUCACGAUGGACGAGUGUAUGCUAAACGACUUGUUGGAGUGUUCGGUAUGCCUAGAGCGACUUGACACCUCCAGCAAGGUCCUGCCGUGCCAGCAUACGUUUUGCAAAAAGUGCUUGGAGGAGAUUGUGAGCACUCAUCGCGAGCUACGUUGCCCGGAAUGCCGAGUGCUCGUGGACGCCAAGGUGGACGAUCUGCCGCCGAACGUGUUGCUGAUGCGCAUCCUCGAGGGAAUGCGCAACGCCGCGCCGAAGAACCAAGCCAAGCCCGCGUUGUCGAGGUCUUCCGGUGGCACGGCCGCGCCGCAACGACUAUUCGGCGGCCACCAGGUCGCUCCGGCGCCCAUGGUGACCGCCAAUCUCGUCCCCGCUGUCGCUAUUGCUUCCGAACCGGCAAUACGACAUUCCAAUGCCGCCGCGAAGCAGGUGCACUUGCACAAUCAACAGGCGUACGGGAGGGCGAUCUAUGAUUAUGUUUCCAAGGAGGCAGGCGACUUGAGUUUCAAGAAGGGUGACAUAGUCAUACUUCGGAAGAAAAUUGACAAGAAUUGGUAUUUUGGGGAAUGUGGCAAUAAUCAUGGCGUCUUUCCGCUUUCUUAUAUUCAGGUGAUGACACCUUUAACGCCACAUGUACCUCAAUGUAAAGCGCUAUAUGAUUUUAGAAUGACAAAUGAUGAUGAAGAUGGUUGUCUAACCUUUAAUAAGGGAGAAGUCAUCAGUGUUAUCAGAAGAGUGGAUGAAAAUUGGGCCGAAGGUAAACUCUUGGAUAGAAUUGGCAUCUUUCCAUUAGCUUUUGUAGAACUGAACAGCGUCGCUAGAGCUCUGAUGAAACUUUCCACUAAUGUACAGCCAGGACCGUCGAGAUUAGCUCCACCAACUCCAACGAAUGAAGAAACCACGCCAUUAAUACCAACCGAUCAUACGCGUAAUGUACAAACUACCAGCCAAUCUCGAUCACAAUUGGUACAAAAUGCCGCGUUACCAGUAUCCGAUUCUGUCUCAAAUGUCUCGUCUGGCGGCAGCUCUACAACCACUACUCCAAAUACACCCAAUAGUUCGACCACGUCCAGUAGUUCCAGUACUGCUCCAAGCAGCCCUGGCAGUCCCGCGACAUCACCGCCUGCAGUUGGGAAUAGACAUAAUGUUAAACGUCAUAGUUUCACUGCCGUUAAUACAGGUCAUCAUGCUCAUCCCCAUCAUAGACAUAGCGCUGAGAUACUUAGUCCUCCAAUAGACAAUGCCCCUAAUAAUGCCAAUAAUAGUGGAGGCAAUGAAUCAUUUUCCUCCUUGCAAGUCAACAGUUGUACAGAUCACAAUCUUCGCCAUAGACGAAGCGGUAGUAGCGAUCUCGUUCUUGCCCAGCAGAGUGUACCCACUAAUCAGACUUCCAGCGCAUCUGGCGCGACACAUUUACCAGCGGCAUACAUAGCAUUAUAUCCGUACAAGCCUCAGAAAGCGGAUGAACUCGAGUUGCGAAAGGGUGGAAUUUAUAUGGUGACGGAACGUUGCCAAGAUGGAUGGUUCAAAGGAACAUCCAAUCGCACCCAGAAAUGCGGAGUCUUCCCUGGAAAUUAUGUUGCACCUGCUAAAUGUCAACGCGGAUUAUGUCGCGGAUCGCCAAACUCACCGAGCCAACAUCAAGUUUCAUCAUUACCAAACGCCGUAUCGAAUGCCGAGUCACGUUUGGCUGUAACAUAUACGAAGAGCAAAGGUCUCAUGCCGCAACCUUCUUAUAAUCCUCGCGCACUGCCGCCGCCUGAAUUACCGCCGCGCGCUAUCAGUCCUUCUUCGACGACUGUAUCUUCAUCCUGGCACGGCAGCGCUGGUCAGCCGAGUCAAGGAUCAAAUCAGGAAACUAGUCCACCGCGACACAAUGACCAAAACGCAAUCACUAAUCCGCUCGGACGUAGUCACAGCGUAGUAAUGACUUCAAAUAUCCCUUCGCCUGGUAAACAAAUUGCGGUAUCUGCAUCGUUACAACCGCCUGUUGGUCUUAAUAGCGCUAAUAAUGGCUGUAGCAGUGCUACUAUUUCCGUUCCUUCCUCUUCCGCAAGCGAUAUGAAUAGAAGCCCGAACAAUACUUUGCGAGUAGCUUCCUCGAAUGCAGCCGCAGCCACAUACAGAACCACGGAAAAGCCAAAGGAAAAAAAGGAUAAAUGUGUCUCUUUAAUGCGGCGCUUGACCAAUAUUAAAAAGUCCAAAUCUCCUCCACCAGCGACAUAUUCGAUGGAUAAUCCUGUAUUCGACGACGGUAAUUCUGUCAAUCCGAUGCAUGUCCGAUCGGGAUCUUGUCCAAGUCAGUUGCUACAGGUGAUACCUACACAGGAAUUAAAUGCUUCAAACAGCCAACAUCGCUUAUGUCCAGGCUCUGUGCAAGGACAUGUCACAUCUUCACAGAGAUUGAAAUACAAAGAGAGACCCUCCUUACCAGUAUCAGUAAUCCAGAGAUCCAAUGAAUCUGGUGCAAUGGUGUGUCCCACUGUUGGAAAUCAUCAUCGUAAGAGUAACUCUUUAGACGCUGGGAUGGGAAAACAAACAAAACAACAGUCGUCACGCGAUCGUGAUCGAGUGUACAGAUUUCGUUGUAUUGUACCGUAUCCACCUAAUAGCGAAUUUGAACUGGAGCUUCGCGUAGGAGAUAUAAUAUACGUACAUAAGAAGCGUGAUGACGGAUGGUACAAGGGUACGCAACAACGCACCGGCCGUACAGGGCUAUUUCCGGCAAGUUUUGUAGAAGCUUUCUGAGAUCCAACACAAAGUCGCUUAGUGUUAGAAACUUGUAUAUAAACUCGGCCUUUUGUGUAAAUACCAUAUAUAUUAUAUAUACAGAGUGUCCCAAAAGUCCCGG